UUUAGUAUAACUUAUAGUGUUCCUCUGAAUGAAUUUUUUCCAUAUGGAUCAACAGCUAGCGAGCAAUUGUUUUCACCGAACGAUGAUGAGACGAACAAUGGUCUUUUUUCUUUUCUGGGGCCAAUAUAUCAAUUUGUACCUACACCUUUUCCACUUAACGAUGGUCGUCGCGUGAUUGCCGGAUUCUGGUCUGAUAUAGAUACGCGAAGCUCUAUUCCAUCGGGUAAUAAAGUUUAUUAUCAGAUUCAUGUCAAUCAAAGCAAUACUAUUGUAUUUGAAAAAGCAGUAGCUUAUGUUCAACAAUAUUUUCCUGGUGAACGAUCAUUUAAUCCAUCGAUGAUUAUUACUGGUACAUGGUAUCGAGUUGGUGCUUAUUCUUAUCAAACAAAUCUAGUGAAUACAUUUCAAAUUAUCCUGGCAACAGAUGAAAUACGUAGUUUUGCUUUUCUUUUUUAUAAUGAUUUACAAUGGGCUAGUCCUUCAACUAGUUCUUUAAUAGAGGUCAAUUCAUCAUCUGAAAUCGGUGGUCAAGCUGGCUUUAAUGCAGGUGAUAGUAUUAUUUAUGAAAUGUUACCCUAUUCCCGAACCAGUUAUGUUCGUCGAUUAGUAAAUACAAGUAAUGUCAAUGUUCCUAGUCUCUUUGUUUUUCGAAUUGAUUCCGAUACAAUGCUGUCGGUGGCUGUGAUAAUGAUUCAAAUUCGCUAUUUCGACCACGUCGUGGAUCUCAACUUGGUUUUACAGCAAUUACUAGUCAAGGUCCAUGUUUCACAAAUACUUAGGUCAGUCCAAAAGUAG